AUGGACGCUGCUUUCAACCAUGUUGGCAACCACCUGAUCUCCGACUCCGCUGAAGCCAUCAAGGCUGGUGGCUCCGACGAGCUAUCCAACAUCGAUCCUGAUGAGAGCCUGCUCUACAGCAAGACCGGUGGGCGCAGGGGGAUCGGGAACGGUCGCCGACGAACCGACGACGAAGAUGGCGAAACCGAAACAAUCGGCGACGACGACGAUGACGAGAGCCUUGCCAGUGUUGCCGUGGGCGCUAUGAAGGGCGUGAGCCUCAACGAACCUGAAGAGGAAAAGGAACUGCCGGCGCAUGCUUGCGCCUACUGUGGAAUCCACUCGCCUUCCUCGGUGGUCAAGUGUCUGUCGUGCAACAAGUGGUUUUGCAGCGGUCGCGGAACUGCCAACACUUCCCACAUUGUGAACCAUCUUGUCCGCGCCCGACACAAGGAAGUACAGUUGCACCCUCAGUCACCUAUGCAAGAUACUAUCUUGGAAUGCUACAAUUGCGGCACUCGCAAUGUCUUCCUGCUUGGGUUCAUCCCAGCCAAGUCUGAUACCGUGGUCGUCCUGCUCUGCCGUCAGCCCUGCGCCGCCAGUACAUCGUCCAAGGAUAUGAGCUGGGACGUGUCUCGAUGGCAGCCACUCAUCGAAAACCGUUCCUUCUUGGACUGGCUUGUCCAUCCACCCUCCGACGCCGAACAGCUCCGUGCCCGACAGCUCACGCCGCCCACGAUUGCCAAGCUCGAGGAGAUGUGGAAGGAAGAUACCAAUGCUACUGUUGCUGAUCUGGAAAAGGCCGCCAAUGCCGACGAUGACCCGCACCCUGUACUUCUCAGAUACGACGAUCCCUACCACUACCAGAACAUAUUCGGUCCUCUCGUCAAGAUGGAAUCCGACUUCGAUAAGAAGCUCAAGGAGGCACAGUCCGAGGAUGGCUUGGUCGUGAGCUGGACCAUGGGAUUGAACAACAAGCACAUGGCCAGCUUCGUUCUUCCGAAGAUGGAGUCAGGCGAUGUCAAGCUCGCUGUCGGAGAUGAGAUGCGCCUGAAGUACAAGGGAGAGCUUCGUCCCCCUUGGGAGGGCGUGGGCUAUGUCAUCAAGAUCCCAAACAACCAGAACGACGAGGUCAUAUUGGAACUCCGUAAGACCGGAAGUGAUAAGUCUGUCCCAACUGACUGCACCCACAACUUCUCUGCCGAGUACGUCUGGAAGGCCACUUCUUACGAUCGCAUGCAGCUCGCCAUGAAGACAUUUGCCCUGGAUGAGAAGAGUGUUUCUGGCUUCUUGUUCCACAAGUUGCUGGGCCACGAAGUUCAAGUCGCGCCAACGAGACCGCAGAUACCCAGGAAGUUCACUGCGCCCCAAUUGCCUGACUUGAACAACAGCCAGAUCAACGCUAUCAAAGCCGUUCUUUCGCAGCCUCUUAGUCUUAUUCAAGGCCCCCCAGGAACUGGCAAGACUGUUACCUCAGCUACUAUCAUCUACCACUUGGCGAAGAUGAACAGCGGUCAGGUGCUGGUCUGCGCCCCUUCCAACGUCGCCGUAGACCAGCUUUGUGAGCGCAUCCACCGCACCGGCCUCAAAGUCGUACGAUUGACAGCCAAGUCUCGUGAGGACGUCGAGUCCUCCGUCAAGUUCCUUGCGCUGCACGAGCAAGUGCGCUCACUCGCAUCCGACAUGGGCUCCGAAUUGGGCAAGCUCACGACACUCAAGAAUGAAUAUGGUGAACUGGCCAGUCAUGACGAGAAGAAAUUCAAGCAGCUCACAAAGGCUGCCGAAAAGGAGAUCCUAAGUCAUGCUGAUGUUGUGUGCUGCACCUGUGUCGGUGCUGGCGAUCCCCGGCUUGCAAAGAUGCAGUUCCGAAGUGUUCUCAUUGACGAGUCGACUCAAUCGGCGGAGCCAGAAUGCAUGAUUCCUCUUGUCUUGGGCUGCAAACAGAUUGUGCUGGUUGGUGACCACAAGCAGCUUGGUCCAGUGAUCAUGAACAAGAAGGCUGCCAAGGCCGGCCUCAACCAGUCUCUAUUCGAGCGUCUGGUGAAGCUCAACCACGUUCCGAUCCGUCUCAACGUUCAGUACCGCAUGCACCCAUGCCUUUCUGAGUUUCCUUCGAACAUGUUCUACGAAGGUUCUCUUCAGAAUGGCGUGACCAUCCAGGAGCGGCUUCGCAAGGACGUCGACUUUCCCUGGCCUGUUGCUGAGACCCCCAUGAUGUUCUGGUCUAACCUGGGCAACGAGGAAAUUUCUGCGUCAGGAACUUCAUAUCUCAACCGGACCGAAGCCUCAAAUGUUGAGAAGGUAGUCACUCGAUUCCUUAAGGCUGGUGUCAAGCCAGUCGAUAUCGGUGUCAUCACUCCGUACGAAGGUCAGAGGAGUUAUGUUGUUAGCACCCUGCAGAACACGGGAACUUUCAAGAAGGAGAGCUACAAGGAGGUGGAGGUCGCGUCAGUUGACGCCUUCCAGGGUCGUGAGAAAGACUUCAUUGUUCUCUCUUGCGUUCGCUCCAACGACACCCAAGGCAUUGGCUUCCUUUCGGACCCUCGGCGGCUCAACGUAGCUUUGACUCGUGCGAAAUACGGUCUCGUCAUCAUUGGAAACCCCAAGGUCUUGUCCAAGCAUGAGCUCUGGCAUCAUCUCCUGGUGCACUUCAAGGACCGCAAAUGCCUGGUUGAGGGACCCCUCACCAACUUGCAGACAUCUCUACUGCAAUUUGGUCGACCCAAGACGGCUUACCGCCCGCAGCGUUUCGGGCCCGUUGGUCAGCAGCCAGCAGCAGGCUAUGCGAAUGGUCGAUUUGGUGGGAUGAAUGGUUCAACACGAGACUUUGACUCUGCGUCCAUGAUGUCCUUUAUCCCCGAUGACGUCUCAUCGAUCCACGGUUCUGCGCUCGGUGGUGCCGGCCUAAACUCAGCCUACCCUCAUAUGUUCUCCAGUUUCAGCCCCGACCAGUGGCCAGGUCUUCCUGGUGUAACUCCGCCUGGUCGAUCGAACGGCAAGAGCCGGGGCCGAGCAACUGAGAGCGUUGCCGGUGAGAGCGUGGCCAACUCCGAAUACACGGAUGCCAGCGCCAGUGUCAUCGGUGGCAAGGGUAUCGGCCAAGGUGGCGCCAGUCUAGGAGCCGGUCUGCAUGAUGCCAUUGGUGCUUCUCGCCCUACCUCGUACAGCCAGAGCGAUCGUCUCAGGCAGUAUGUUGAGGGCAUGGGCGGCAGCCGUCUGGGACCAAUCAACGGCUUCGGUCGCCGUGAUGAUGAUGAGAAGAGCAUCAGUACAGCCUUUCACAGCCAGCUUGGCGGUGCAGGAUUCGACGGGAUUUGA